CGAUCCAGUAGUAGUAGCAGCCGUGGCUCCGUGCAGUGGGUUUGCAGCUGAAAUCUGUAGACCACCCUUCCUCCGCCCCCCACCCUCUAGUUCCUCCCCUUUCCUCUCCCUCUACUACCUUCAGCGGAACAACGGGAGGUUGCCCUGGCCAAGUAAGGGGCUCUUUAGGACCCGACGGCGGCAGCAGCUGCAGCAGCACCGGUAGCGGCACCAGCAGCAGCCGCAACUCCCUAAACGUCUCUCCCGCACACGUUCACUCUCGGCUGCGUCUCCGCCGCCUGGGAAAGCGAUCCCCAGCCAGCAGCCACCCAGCCUGUCCGCCGGCUCCUCGGGUCAUAAUUUUGUGCAGACCACAAGAAAGGUUACAAAAUGUCAUACCGAAGAGAACUAGAAAAAUAUCGGGAUUUGGAUGAAGAUAAAAUCCUGGGAGCAUUAACAGAAGAAGAGCUUAGGACACUAGAAAAUGAAUUGGAAGAACUAGACCCUGAUAAUGCACUAUUACCUGCAGGACUGAGACAGAAGGAUCAGACUACAAAACCACCCACAGGCCCUUUUAAAAGAGAUGACCUUCUGGAUCAUUUGGAAAAGCAAGCUAAAGAAUUUAAGGACCGAGAAGAUCUGGUCCCCUACACGGGAGAAAAAAGAGGGAAAAUAUGGGUCCCCAAGCAAAAGCCAAUGGAUCCUGUUUUGGAAAGUGUGACACUAGAACCAGAAUUAGAGGAGGCUCUAGCCAAUGCAUCUGAUGCAGAACUGUGUGACAUUGCAGCUAUCCUUGGUAUGCAUACUCUGAUGAGCAAUCAGCAGUACUAUGAGGCUCUUGGAAGUAGCUCCAUAGUAAAUAAGGAAGGCCUAAACAGUGUUAUUAAGCCAACACAAUAUAAACCAGUUCCUGAUGAAGAACCAAAUUCAACAGAUAUAGAAGAAACUCUGGAACGAAUAAAGAAUAAUGAUCCCAAACUUGAAGAAGUCAACCUCAAUAAUAUCCGGAACAUUCCCAUACCGACUCUAAAAGCAUAUGCAGAAGCAUUGAAGGAAAAUACAUAUGUGAAGAAAUUCAGCAUUGUAGGAACAAGAAGUAAUGAUCCUGUUGCAUAUGCACUAGCUGAAAUGCUAAAGGUUAAUGCUGUGUUGAAGAGCCUCAAUGUGGAAUCAAACUUCAUUUCUGGAUCUGGAAUCCUGUCCCUAGUAGAAGCCCUUCAGCAUAAUACUUCAUUGAUGGAAUUAAAAAUUGACAACCAGAGCCAGCCCCUGGGAAACAAGGUGGAAAUGGAGAUUGUGAGCAUGUUGGAACAAAACACAACUCUCUUAAAAUUUGGAUAUCAUUUUACACAGCAAGGCCCUCGGCUUCGGGCUUCUAAUGCCAUGAUGAAUAAUAAUGACCUUGUGAGGAAGAGGAGGCUGGCAGACUUGACUGGGCCCAUUAUUCCCAAGUGCCGAAGUGGCGUGUAGUUUGUGAAGCUGGAGACCUAUGCCUUUAAAUAGGAUAUCUGCUAAGAGUUUGUGCUAUAUGGGAGAACCCUAUAGAAAAAAACAAACAAACAAACAAAACACCUGCACAGUGUAUUUUUUUGUGGUUCAGUUCUGCAUUGCAUCUUUAUGCACUAAAUGUUUUUAAGUUAACUAGUGGUUGUAGUUGAAGAUUUUACAAACUAUGGUUAAUGUGAAGCUUCCUUUAGUCAUAGAAAUUCAAGAUGGUUAUUUUUUAAAAACUUGCUGAUUUCAUGGAAGAAUACAUAAUGGUACCAAAGCAAUUUAACCCCAUAAUAAUGUUUAUAUUCUUAUCCUGGGUAUUAGCUAGGUGAAUUUAGGUUGUGAUAUGCAUGAACAAACAAGCAAACUGUCCCAUCGGUUUUAGAAACAUUAUAAAAAACUUUAUUUUAAAACCUGAUCUCAAAUCUUUAGCAAAUAUAACAGUUUGAUAGUCAUUGUUAUGAUUCUUUUUUAAUUUUAAGAACUGAAUUUCAGAAUUGCACUCAACAAGUUAGGAGCUCAAAAACAUUGAGUUUCUAAUUCCUACAGAAAAACAGGAGCAAUAAGGCCACAUUUUCUUAACAGCAGUCACAGUUAUUGACAAACAAAAAUAAAAACAACAAAGAGGUUUUUUGAGUGUUUGGAAGUGAAUAUUCAAAAACUAGAUUAUAAGGUUCAGUUUCCAAAUCUGCCCCUCUUUUUCUCAACCCCCAUAUCUCCGCUUUAAUUUUCCUUUAAUAAAAACAACUUUAAUGCA